CGCCGCUCCGCUCCUUCCGUCAAACCCGGCUGGGCCGUCCCGAGGUUGCGGUGCAUGUUGGGAUACUGGGGGUUCUGCUGCUUUUUCCUCUCUGGGGGGUCUGGGCUGAGGUUGCGGCUGCAGAGAUGGACGUCUUUUUAAUGAUCCGACGUCACAAGACGACCAUCUUCACAGACGCCAAGGAGUCCAGUACGGUGUAUGAGCUGAAAAGAAUUGUUGAGGGGAUACUUAAGAGACCCCCAGAAGAACAAAGGCUAUACAAGGAUGACCAACUGUUGGAUGACAGCAAAACCCUCGGAGACUGUGGCUUCACCAGCCAGACAGCACGACCUCAGGCCCCAGCAACAGUUGGCUUGGCCUUCAGAGCCAGUGAAGAUGCCUUUGAGCCCCUCCGCAUUGAUCCCUUCUCCAGCCCCCCGGAGCUCCCAGACGUGAUGAAGCCCCAGGACUCUGGCAGCAGCGCCAACGAGCAAGCGGUGCAGUGAGAGGCCAGAGGGAGACGGAGCGAGCUGCACAACCCGUGGCGCCCCUUCCCCACCACCCACUCCCUCCCUCAACCCUCCAGCGUGGAGAGAGACAUGGCACUGUCCCACCCCUCCAAUCCAGAUCCCCCUUUUACUCCACCCCUCUCUAUACAAGACCACACCUCCUUCCAAGCCCCUCCCCACUCAUCAAACAGAGCAAUGUUUUCAUUUUUGGUUUUGGAAACAAUAAAAGUUCAGCUGGUUUUUUUUU